CUUAAAAAGGCGGAAGUGAAACGGAAGCCAUUAUUCUCGGGAGGCGUUAGCCGCUGGACACAUAGGCUUGUAAAGAGCUCCUCUGCGAUUUUCUCCAGUCCGUGGUGACCUUCCGCCUCCCUGCGGCCGACUGGACCAUCCGUUUGCAUUUCUCGGCCCUUCGGCGGCAGCUUCCGUGACCUCUGCUCCCCCCGAUUUUACCCUCAGUAGGACCUUGCUGAGAUCCAUUUUUCCUGGUUGUGAUUACUAUGAAAGGAACAUAAGAUUAUUUGCUGAAAGAUGAUAAUGAUGCCUGCUCAGAGUCCCAUAAGAACAAGAGAAUAGCUUUCUGAUACUAGUGCCCUGUUGUUCAGGCAAAUUUAUUAUCAUUCUCACAGGAUGGCAGCUCUUGAUCUCUCUCCCACAUGUGCUGUAUCCAUUCAGGAACCUGCCCAUAUCCAGGAGUCAGAAAUUCCUCUUCCUUCAAAAGACCAUUCCUGUCACCAGAAUGUGGAUCUGUUUGCCUGUAAUGGCCUGGAGUCUCAUAUGUCAACUAAUGUUGUUUCCCAGGACUCAGUGACUUUCCAGGAUGUCGCAGUGGACUUUACUGAGAAGGAGUGGCCCUUGUUGGAUUCUUCUCAGAGAAAACUAUACAAAGAUGUGAUGCUGGAGAACUAUAGCAACCUUGCCUCAGUGGGGUGUCAGGUGGGGAAACCCAGCCUCAUCUUCCACUUGGAGCAAGAAGAGGAGCUGAGAACAGAGGAGAGGGGACUUCCCCAAGGUACAUGUCCCGGUUGGGAGAUUCCUUCUAAAACCAAGUGGUCUAUUCUUAUGGAAAAUAUUUUUGGGACUGAAACACCUAGUGGUGUGACAAUGGAAAGAACUCAUCUUGGAGAGAGAUCCACUGAAUAUGCUCACCUGUUUGAAGUUUUCAGUAUGGGUGCUCAUCUUACUCAGCAAAUGGGAAGACACACUGGUAAGAGGCCCUACCACCGACGAGACUGUGGGGUAGUUUUCAAUAACAGGCCACAUCUAACACAACGUGGGAGCAUUUACCAUGGGAAAAAAAUGCAUGAAUGUCAUCAGUGUCAAAAAGUCUUCACCACAAGUGCUUCUCUUACACGGCACAGGAGAAUACAUACUGGGGAGAAACCCUAUGAAUGCAAUGACUGUGGGAAGGCAUUCAAUGAUCCCUCAGCCCUUAGGAGUCAUGCAAGAACUCACCUCACAGAGAAGCCCUUUGAUUGCAGUCAGUGUGGAAAUGCAUUCCGAACUCUCUCCUCCCUAAAGAUACACAUGAGAGUUCACACUGGGGAGAGACCUUACAAGUGUGAUGAAUGUGGGAAGUCAUAUGGCAGGAGCUGCCACCUCAUUGCACACAAAAGAACACACACUGGAGAGAGACCCUAUGAAUGUCAAGACUGUGGGAAAGCUUUCCAGCAUCCAUCCCAUCUCAAAGAACAUGUCAGGAAUCACACCGGAGAGAAACCCUAUGAAUGCACACAGUGUGGAAAAGCCUUUCGAUGGAAAUCUAACUUUAAUUUGCACAAGAAGAACCACAUGGUAGAGAAAACAUAUGAAUGUAAAGAGUGCGGGAAAUCCUUUGGUGAUCUCUUAUCACGGAGAAAACACAUGCGAAUUCAUAUUGUAAAGAAACCUGUUGAAUGUAGACAGUGUGGGAAGACAUUCAGAAACCAGUCCAUCCUUAAGACACACAUGAAUUCUCACACUGGAGAGAAACCAUACGGGUGUGAUCUAUGUGGGAAAGCCUUCAGCGCCAGCUCAAACCUAACAGCACACAGGAAAAUACACACCCAAGAGAGACGCUAUGAAUGUGCUGCCUGUGGGAAAGUCUUUGGUGAUUAUUUAUCCCGGAGAAGGCACAUGAGCAUUCAUCUUGUAAAGAAACAUGUUGAAUGUAGACAGUGUGGGAAAGCCUUCAGAAACCAGUCAACUCUUAAGACACACAUGAGAAGUCACACAGGAGAGAAGCCGUAUGAGUGUGAUCACUGUGGGAAAGCCUUCAGCAUAGGCUCAAACCUUAAUGUUCACAGGAGAAUACACACUGGGGAGAAGCCCUAUGAAUGCUUGGCUUGUGGGAAAACCUUCAGUGAUCAUUCAUCUCUUCGGAGUCAUGUUAAAACUCACCAGGGAGAAAAACUCAGAGUGUCAUCAGUGUGGAAGAGGCUCCAAUGACACACCUUCUUUAAGAAACUGAGAGCUCAGACUGGAAGGAAACCUUGGAAGGAAACCUUGGAAGUUUCAGGAAGGCAGGAAAGCCUUUAUUAACUCAUCUUACUGAGCAAAAGGGAAUACAUGUAACUGGAAGAAAGCCAGUUUGUGCAAUGACUGAAAUGACGAGUUUUUUUUUCUCAUCUCUGAGAAUUAAUGCUGGGGAAAAAAUAUGUCUCUAUGUUGUGGAAAAGCCAUCAGUGUACAUUUAGGUCUUAACAAAUGUGACAGCUUAGGAAGAGAAACCCUAGCCUGAUACUUAAUGUUGAAAUUACUGUUGUACCACCUGGCACCUUCUGAGCUUACAAGAAAAGGAAGCACUCUAGGGAAACAUGGAAAAGUCAGUAAUGGGUCAGGAAACUACAGCCAGUUGUCUAUUUAUAUAUGGUUCUCAAGCUAAGAAUAGAUUACAUUUUUAAGGAAGAAAAAUAUGUGACAGGGCCUGUGUGGCCCACAAAGUUUAGAAUACUCAUUAUUUGUCUUUUUAUAGAAAAAAAAAAAAAGCCAAUUCCUGUUGCAGAGCCGUGGUAAUUACCAGGAAGUGGAUAUGCUCCCCAGGAGGCAUUCGGCAAUCUCUGGAGACAUUUUUGGUUGUUAAAACUGGGGAAAGCAUUACCUUCAUAUAGUUGGAAGACAUCAAGGAUAUUGCUAAAUAGAUUACAAUGCAGAGGAGCCCCCAGAACAAAGAUUUAUAUGCCCCAAAAGGUUAAUAUUGCCAAGGUUGAGAAACCUAGUCCUAGAAGAGCUCCUCGAUUUUUAUGAAACUUGAGUACUCUAGUACUCAUGGUAGACGAGUUUAUAUUUAAAGCUUCAAAAAUAUAACCAAUGUAAUUAAUUCAAGAAAUGCAAGAACCCACAUUGCAGGCAAUCCCGUGUGGAAAUAAUUUCAGCCAUAGCUCCCUCACUUUGCUUAUGAGAAUUCAUUCACAUCCCAAAGGAAUUUUCUAGUGAGUGUGAAAUUGCAUUUGAUGUAUUUCAUUGUGAAAAUAGACACUAGCUCAUAAAUAUUUAAUUUUUAAGGUUGUGCUCUAAAUUACCCUUACACACAUCAUAAUAUGUUUCUAUGUAGUAUUUUAAUUAUAAUUUCAUUCUUAAGAAUGUGUUAACUUCCUUUUGAUUGAUUUACUUGACCAAUAGACUGUCGAAUCUUAUGUACUGUGAACCAUUGAUAUUUUUAAUGUCUGAUUAUUUAUUUAAAUCAAAUGCAUUGAGAUCAGACAAUGAUGUCUUUAUCAGUUGAGUCCUUUGGGAUAUUCCAGCCAACAGUGGCAAAUAACUUUUAGUUGCUCCCCUAAUAUCUUCCAUGUCAAGAAAACUUCAUUUUUGUCAGAUUAGUAAGGUGUACAAUUUUUAAAAUCUCUUACAAGUUUCCUUACAAUUCGUCCAGUCCAUGAUCUACAACCUUUCUAUUAUCAGAUAAGCAGAUGUUACUCUACGGGCUUUGAAAAGACUCCUGGAAAAAGGGCCAUUCUUACCUGGAUUCUUCUCCACUUGUAUUUUACUUUUGUUCUUCCCCCCACUUCUCGCCUAGUAAGGAGAUCCAGUUCCUAGUGUUAAAAGAUCCAUCUUGUGACCAUGAGGAUGCACAGGCUAAGAGGGAUCCUGCAGAAAAUUCACAAAGGGGCUUCUUUAGGGUCUAUACUAGCCCUGAGUUUACUUCCAGACCUAUUACAUGAAAAAAUAAAACUGAUUAUUGGUUUAA